UCCAUUCUAUCCUCAUCCUCUUUUUUCAUCACCCUAGCUAGCUAUAAACGCAAUCUUCCACGAUCGAUAUUGAUUUGUAAGCGAAUAAAAAACUCGAGAGCGAUGGCGGGAAAUUACUAUUUAGCCCCUCAUGAGUAUGAAGACCCUUCAUGUAACUUCUCAACAAACUUCACUUCAUUCCCAAACGACAUGUCACCUUCUGUCCAUUUACUGACAACCUUACCUUAUUAUCAUCAACCUAGUCCAUAUCCUCAAAUACCCAUGGUUGAUUGCUACCCGCAAUCCUCGUCUCUAAGUUACAAUAACUCAAGCACUUCUGAUGAAGCUGAUGAGAACCAGAUGAGCAUCAUCAAUGAAAGGAAGCAAAGGAGGAUGAUAUCAAACCGCGAGUCAGCUAGGAGGUCCCGGAUGAGGAAACAGAAGCAGUUAGACGAGCUGUGUACGCAGGUUAUGCGGCUCAGGCACGAGAACCAUGGACUUAUGGACAAGCUCAACCGCUUCUCCGAGACUCAUGAACAAGUUAUCCAAGAAAAUGAUAGGCUCAAGAAAGAAACCAUGGAGCUAAGGCAGAUGCUUAGUGAAGCACAACUUGCUAGAACUUACAACACUUUGAGAGAUCUUGAUGAUGAUGAUGAUGAUCAUGAGGUGGUUCUUGUUCCUUCUUGCACCACUGCUUAUCUCAGGGCUCAAUCCUCUAAAACUUCCACCACUAAAAACUCUUCUAAUCUGCUUCAUUGAUUUGAUUCACCAAAUGGGGUGCCUUAAUUAUUAACUAUAUAUGUAGUCAUAAAUAAAUAAACUCUUUGAGCAAUGUUUGCAUCCCUUUUGGUUUCUUUUUUUCUUUUAUUGGGUUGUUUAAUUGAUAUUUUUUUGUUCUAUUUGGUGUGGAUGCAAUUAUAUUACUAUAUUAGUGAUUGUUUGGCGUAA